UAGGUUGAUUAAUUAAUUUCGCAUUUACAGCCUGUGUGUUAGGUUUAAUACUCGUAUUUCGUCUAAAUGCGCGUGCGACUGCCAAUGUGCUUGUUGCUGGGUUUGGUGUGGACGGUGGGGUGUGAUGAGACACCAUACAUCAUAAGUCCAGUGGAAGGUUUCCUGGAAGCUGUCAACAAGACGAUGCCGGUGCUUAUGGAUAUAUUCAACAGCGUUUUGGGAAAUGUGGAUGUACCUGCGUUUCGCUCUGCACUUAAGGAUGCAGUAAGCCUGGUGGACGCGGCGUUCCCCUCUCAGCCCCCGCCCCAUGUGCCAGAGCGCUGGUGGGGAGAGAACGAUUCCCAAUUCCAAGACACAAGCAUUCGACCGUUUACUGUGCAGUUUUCUGAUGAGAUGAUUGCGGACCUGCGUGCCCGUAUUCAUGGCCGACGCAAACUCACGCAUUCGCUAUGCGGCGCUGCGAAUACCUUUGGUACAAAUAGCGAAUACCUUGGUCAGUUCCUUGACCAAUGGGCGGACAAAUACGACUUCAAAGCCAGAGAACGCUGGCUUAAUAGUUUCCCACAGUUUAUCACGAAUAUACAAGGUCUAGACAUCCACUUCAUCCACAUAAAGCCCCACAACCCCCAUAACAAAAAAGUGCUGCCAAUACUAAUGUUGCACGGUUUCCCGGUCACCGCGUUCGAAUUCGUCCACGUGAUAAAGUACCUCAUGGAAGAACGAGAAGACUGCAACUUCGUGUUCGAGAUAGCCGCACCAGACUUGCCUGGGUAUGCGUAUUCACAGGCUACGUACAAGAUCGGAAUGGCUCCCUACCAAAUGGGUAUCAUCAUGAAGAAUCUUAUGCUGCGUCUCGGCAAGCCCCAGUUUUAUAUCCACUGCGGGGACAUAGGACAAGGCGUCGGGUCCACUAUGGCUGUCCUGUUCCCUGAAAGAGUGUUGGGAUUGCACACAAACUUCCCUGUCAGUUUUCGACCACAAACAAUAACAAAACUGAUCCUGGGGCAGCUGCACCCGCCCACUGUAGUGGAGGCGAGAUACGAAGACAGGAUGUACCCGUUAUCGGCUCACAUGAAGUUCUAUAUGGACAACUUUGGCUACUUCGCUUUACAAGCUUCGAAGCCAGAUAAUAUAGGUCACGCUCUCGACGACUCCCCUGUUGCGCUAGCAUCCUGGUUCCUCGCGAACUUUGCCGUGGGCACGGACCCUAAAGGCGAGUUUUUCAAAGACGGCAACCUGUCUGCUCAGUACGACAUGAACGAUUGGUUCGAUACUUUUACUAUCCACUGGGCAUGUGAAAGUAUGACUACUGCUGCGCGAUCUUAUAAGGAGUCCCAAUCAGGAGAUAAAAAUUACAUUUUAAAAUCCAUCGAUAUGGCCCAAUCACUCGUCCCUUACGCCGCAAUCCGCUACCGACACGAGCUGGUCUACAUGCCGGACGACUUUCUUCGCGACAAGUUCCCCAACCUCGUUCAAUCGACCACGCUGGACUUCGGUGGGCACUUCGCUAGCUUUCAAACGCCCGCGGUCCUGGCUGAAAAUAUUUGGACCUCCGUGGACACGAUGGAGCUGUAUCAUGAAAAUGAAACUUCACAGUCUGACUAAUAAUUAACAUUAGCUCGAAUCGAUUCCAACAGAUAUUCGUUUCACAACGUGUUAGAUAGAGAAUGUUUGGAAAGAGAAGAGUCGUGGAAUGUAUUGGGCCCUACACAUUCCACGACUCUUCUACACAGACUAUACUACUCGUACCUAUAUGUGUAAAUUGUGUAACAUAACAGUGUGCAAUAUACUCGU